CCUGUGAUGGUCCACCGCACACUGUCACAAUAAGUGGUCAAAUCGCUGCUUUUGAAUUUGUACGAGUGUCUUGCUUCUUGCAAUUAUCUUCCAUACUCUACAUUGAUUGGAAAGAUGGGCCGUGCUUACAUCGUAGACGAUACCGUGGAGGUAUAUCUGUCCAAACUAUGUGAUCAACAAUCGGAUAAUGUCACUGGCCUUGUCAUUGGACAGAGCUCCACUCAGAGAGAUUUUAUACUUAUGGCAUGUCGAACACCCUCAAGAGAUGAGCCCCUUGUUGGAACAGGAAAGUCUCUGGACAAGGAAUGGAUCAGUGAGCAUGCUCGACAGGUUUCCAGAAUGUUGCCUGGGGGCUUGUGUGUGUUAGGAGUUUUUGUCAUCAUUGAUGCCGAUGCCAAGGACACACUAGCCUCACUUCGUCAGCUGGCGUUUGCAGUGCAGUGUCUGAUAUGCUCUGAACAUUUGUGGAACUCUGAAGAUGAUGAAGUCACAGACUGCGUCACACUGCACAUCAACCCCAAAUCCAGAAAAAUUAGCUGCAGAACAUUUGAUAUAAAAGAUCCCAAGAGUUUGGCCAAGCCUGCUGAUUGGAAGUACCAGUCAGGCGUAUGUUCCUCCUGGUCUACGAUAACUUGCUGUUUAAAUGUGGACUUAUAUGUUGCGCUACUGGACAACAGAACCUGUUCAAAGAGCAUGGAAAAGUGUCUGAAGGAAGGACUGAAAGUGUGGACACACCAGAUUGAGAAUGCAGUCUGUCUGAUUGAUGGCAUACAGCUGCCAAACGAUGCAGAACUCACAGCAGGACAGAAGAGGAAUGUGAGACAGACGCACACUGCUCAGCUGCUAGUUACUCCGGAACAACAGCACAGAUUAAGAGAUGUGGUUCAGCAGUGUGGAGGCGGGUUGUCUGUCAGAGGAUCCAUCCAUAGCCGAGCUUACCUCCACAACAACAAACCAAAGGCCAAACUGGCUGAGAGGUUGCUAAAGAGGGAUGUGGUCUCGUCGAUGGUCACAAGAGUUCAGAUGCUGCUUGAUGAGCUUCUGGCUGCAGAACAUGAGGGCAAGGGGGUCAGCAGAAACAAACAAGGGACAGAGCGAUUCUGCCUCCCUCACCGUGUCUUUUGUCCUGCAAAAGUGACUGGGACUCUAUGUGUGUGUGACCACCAGUUCAAUGACGAGGAUCCAUCUGAGGUAAUUGACAGGCUGAAAGAAAUGCUCGACAUCGAUACAGCGGCUCAACACUUGGAUACCAAGCAGGAGAUUGCUGCUGAGAUCAUAGAAAGUGGACAACCAGCAGAGGCCACUGCAGAAAAUGUUGAAGUGCAAAAGCCCAAGAGAAACAACUAUAUAGGUGUUGCCAUGGCUACUGUUGUCGCCCUACUUGCUGCUGCUGUCUCAAUGCUCAAUCUCAAUGACGUUUGACACACAAUGACACACCAAA